GUCUCCCCAUGGCUUCUUAUCACAUCCGACAGUAUGAGGAGAAGGACCACAAGAGGGUUGUGGAAUUGUUCUCCCAGGGCAUGAAGGAGCUUAUUCCUGCUGCUGUCCGACAGAUGCUGGCACUGCCUCAUUCCCUAUUGCUCUUACCUGGGGUGCCUGUGACCAUAGUGCUGGUGUCUGGCUCCUGGCUCCUGGCCACAGUAUACAGCUUGCUCUUUCUCCUUUGCCUCUGCCUCAUUUUCUGGAUUUCUUGCAGAAAUUUUGUGGCUAGAAGUUUGCAAGCUGACCUGGCUGACAUCACCAAGGCUUACCUGAAUGCACAUGGCUCCUUCUGGGUGGCUGAGUCUGGGGGGCAGGUGGUGGGCAUGGUGGGUGCUCAGCCAGUCAAGGAUCCUCCAUUAGGGAAGAAGCAGAUGCAGCUCUUUCGCCUGUCUGUGUCCUCACAACAUCGAGGACAGGGGAUAGCGAAAGCACUGGUCAGAACUGUCCUGCAGUUUGCACGGGACCAGGGCUGCAGUGAAGUUGUCCUUGAGACUGGCAGUGUACAACAUAGUGCUCUGGCUCUGUACCAGGCCAUGGGCUUCCAGAAGACAGGCCAGUACUUUGCCAGCAUAACCAAGAGGUUAAUAGGUCUUUCUAUCCUUCAAUUCACCUACUCUCUCCCUUUUACUUGGGGACGAGGGUGUAGCGAGAAAUACUAA